AUGGCUGACCCAAGCGAAUCCAAGGUCGCCGAGGUCAAUGCUCGCAUCCAGACCCAGCGUCGUAUCAUGGAGGGCAACCAAGCCCUUCGAGCAGCCACAAGCAAUCCGGACGUCAUUCGGCAAGCAGAGUCCCAAAUUCGAGAGGCACAGCGGAACAUCUCCUACCUCCAAGAAUCGCUCAACAGCCUUAAAUCGCGUCGCGCAAGCGGUGGUCCUGGCUUCCGCACCGACAGCCCCGUCGGCAGCGUCACCCAAAGCGAUCCAAGACAGAGCUUCUCGUCCGUCAAAACUAGCGCCACCAGCUCCUCGGGCAUUGGAGGUGGUCGCCCUUACCCGGGUGAUAGCAGCUCCUCCUACCUCGGCUCCAACCCACCUUCGCCGGCCGUCCUUCCUCGUCGCUACGACGGACGCCCGCUCCCAUCCGCACCAGAGAAUGGGGCACCUGGCGGUCCCGAUGGCUCGUAUGCCCAGUACGCCAACCAGGGUCCUUAUGGCGCUGCCGCAGGCGCUGGCUACGGCUCCGGUGGGCCCGAAGCGUGGCAACCGGCCAUGCACCGCAUGGGCACCAGCGCAAGGCGCAACUACACCAAUCUCGACCUGAUCAAGGACGACACUCCGCACACCACCGCCAAGAUUUCGCGCAUGCUCCAUCAGCUCGAGUUUAAGCUGCAAAUCGAAAAGCAGUACAAGCAAGGCAUUGACAAGAUGGCCAAGCUCUACCAGGCCGAGGGCGAUCGCAAGAGUCGCAACGACGCAGAGAGCAAACGUGUCGAGUCGCAGAGCAAGAUUGUUUUGCUUCAGCAGGCGCUCAAGCGAUACAAGCAGCUCCACGUCAUGGAGGAGGAGGAAGACAACGCCAGCCCGGAAUCCGUCGAGAACCGGAAACAGAACCUCCGCAAGCCGCUCUCCGGUACGCUCCAAAUCUCGAUUCGCAGCGCUCGCGACAUCGACCAUGCGCCCGUGCCACGCGGAACUCGAUCCGUGCGCGAGUCCACCGUCGUCAUCAAGGUCGAAGACACGCCCCGAGCGCGCACCCACCCGAGCCGCAACGAGCGUUGGCAGGAAGACUUUGAGAUUCCCGUCGACAAUGCCAAUGAGCUCGAAGUCACCAUCUACGACAAGAUUGGCAAUGCGCAUCCUGUCCCCGUCGGCAUGCUCUGGAUCCGCAUCAGCGACAUUGUCGAGGAGCAGCGAAAGAAAAAGUUUGGUCAGGUGCCCGAUGCCUCGUCGCAUGGCCACGGCCCUAGCGAUGGCUGGGUGACCGCGGACAGUGUUCAGCCACAGGGCGGCGGUGGUCCGUAUGCUACCGGCUCCGGUCCCGGCUUUGACGGUGCCUACAACACGCCUGCCGGCGUGCCCGUGCCCAAUGGUCCGAGCGACGGCGUCGAAGCCUGGUUCGCCGUCGAGCCUGCAGGAGCCAUCUACCUGCGACUCAAUUUCAUCAAGCAGAACGUGCGCAAACGCCCCUACGACGCUCGACUCGGUCGACAGGGCGCCUUCCGUAAGCGCAAGGAGGACGUUGCCGAGAUCAACGGCCACAAAUUUGUGUCGCGCCAAUUCUAUCAGGUGCUCCGCUGCGCGUUGUGCGGCGAGUUCUUGCUCAAUGCCGCCGGCAGCCAGUGCGAGGACUGUCGCUACGCUUGCCACAAGAAGUGUGCGCAAAAGGUGGUUACCAAGUGCAUCUCGAAGAGCAACGCGGAAGCUGACCGAGACGAAGUCAAGAUCAACCACCGCAUUCCGCACCGCUUCGAGCCCAUCACCAAUCUGAGCGCCAACUGGUGCUGCCACUGUGGUUACAUCUUGCCGCUUGGACGCAAGAAUGCUCGAAAGUGUUCCGAAUGCGACAUUACCUGCCAUACAGAUUGCGCCCACCUGGUGCCCGACUUUUGUGGUAUGUCGAUGGAGAUGGCCAAUCAGCUUCUCAGCGACAUCGAGACCAUCAACCGCGUCAAGUCGUCGGCCAAGACGCAACAGCAGCAGAUGCAGUACCAACAGCAGCAAUUGCCGCCACCGAUGCCGCAGAAUGCUUUCAGCUCGAACGGGGGUAACGGCAUGCCCGGUGCUCCGCCAGGACGUAUUCCGCCUCCGCAGUUACCUCCCAUCUCGUCCACGAGUUCCGACACACGCUAUUCGAGUCUCGAGAAGCAGACGCAACAGAUGUCGCUAAAGCCCGGUGCAAGCGAGGCUGGCUAUGGUUCGGGCCCGUCGCAGAGGAUGCAAUCUGUUGAACAGCAGCAGCAGCAAAGGCCUGGAGUAGGGCCGCAGUUUGGUGCCCGUCCACAGCCUCCUAGGAUCGGCGAUGGAAUGUCGCCAUCCUCUACUGACAGUCGCUUGGGAGACAUGUCGCGCCCUCCUCGACCUUUGCCUCAACCAGCGAAUGCCGGCUCACCGAUGCAGCAGCAACACCAGUCACAAUCGCAAUCGCAGAGCGGCAUGUACGGCGCGCGUCCUCAACCACCGUCUGAGUACUCUCAGCAGCAGCAACCGCCGCCUCCUUCGUCUCAGCAAGCACCACCGCAGCUGCCCCACAUGCAACAGUCGCAUUCUACCUUGAAUGUCGUACCCAGGCCGCAACAGCAGCAGCCACAGCCACCACCACAGCAACAGCAGCACAGGCCAGCUUCCCAAGCACCGCCUCCUUCGCACUUUGGUCAGCCGGUCGGUGGCGGCAGUGGCGCUGGCGCCAUGGUCCCCUCCGGUACCUCUGCGCAGCCGCCGCGAAUGCUACCCUCUUCGCGACGCAAGAUUGGGCUGGACGAUUUCAACUUCCUUGCGGUGCUGGGUAAGGGUAACUUCGGUAAAGUCAUGCUUGCCGAGGAAAAGCGUUCAGGGAAUCUCUACGCCAUCAAGGUGCUCAAAAAGGAGUUUAUCAUCGAGAACGAUGAAGUCGAGUCGACCAAAUCGGAGAAGCGCGUGUUCUUGGCGGCUGCGCGCGAGAGGCAUCCGUUCCUGCUCGGGCUGCACUCGUGCUUCCAGACGACGACGCGUGUCUACUUUGUCAUGGAGUACAUUUCGGGCGGAGAUCUGAUGCUGCACAUCCAGCGCGAGCCGUUCACGCCGCGUCGAGCCAAGUUCUACGCUGCCGAGGUGUUGUUGGCACUCGAGUACUUCCACAAGCAGGGGAUCAUCUAUCGCGAUUUGAAGCUGGACAACAUCAUGCUGACGCUAGAUGGGCAUAUCAAAGUGGCCGAUUACGGCUUGUGCAAGGAGGAGAUGUGGUAUGGUAAGACGACGAGUACUUUCUGUGGUACGCCGGAAUUCAUGGCGCCGGAGAUAUUGCUGGAGCAGCGGUAUGGACGGGCGGUGGACUGGUGGGCGUUUGGCAUUUUGAUCUACGAGAUGCUGCUGGGCCAGGCGCCGUUUAGAGGUGAUGACGAGGACGAGAUCUUUGAUGCGAUCUUGGAAGACGAGCCGCUGUACCCGCUACACAUGCCGGCCGACUCGGUGUCGAUCCUCGAAAAGCUGCUGACGAGGGACCCGGCCAGACGCUUGGGUUCCGGCCCGACGGACGCGGAGGAGAUCAAAGCCCAUCCGUUCUUCAGCGACGUCAACUGGGACGACAUGUUCAACAAGCGGGUCCCCCCGCCGUUCCGCCCGACGCUCAAGAACCCCAGCGACACGAGCUGGUUCGAUACCGAGUUUACCAGCGAGAAGCCGACGCUGACGCCCGUGCACUCGGUGCUGAGCGCGCAGGACCAGGCCGAGUUCCAGAGCUUCAGUUGGACGGCUCCUCAUGUUGUCUAG